CAAUCUAUACUCGUCCCUACAACUCUUCACACAAUCCUCAACCAACUUGAACGGCUUGCGCUCAGCGAUAUAUACAACGUUGUACAUUCCAUUGUUUGAUACGACAAGAACUGCUCGUGCACGUGCCGGCCCUGAACCUGAUGAUCCUCAGGCUGGGUCUCACCUAAAACCCGCCCCAGCGCCAUCGCUAACACGACAUCGGCCAUGCCCCAAUGGGAAGCAUUAAGAGCCACUGUUGUGGAUCGAUUCAGCCUUGAAAACUUAACGUUUCAAUAUGGAUCCCCUUCCGCUCCCUCCUUGGUGUCUCGUGUCUCAAGUCUGAUCUUAGCCCUGCCAUUGCAUCGGGCCAAAGUGAAGUUGUUUUCUUUCCUCGAGUUCCCAAUGUUGGGUGCGAACGAGUCGGUUCACGCCCUUCAAAUUGUUGCUGCUGCCUCCAUGAGAUCAAGGGCGGAUUCAUGAUCGAUCUUCUCUACAGCCUGACACUGGCCCAAUCGAUUUUUGGCAAUUUGCGAGUUACACUGCCGAGCUGGUUCCUCCAUCGAUUUGCGCGGGUACCUCCAAGGGAGGCCCGUUGAUGUCGGUCGUCUUCCAACUACACCAUUCAGUACGCCCAUGUCUGGUCCCGACUUCAUCGAGCUCUCGAGUCCUUAUGGCUCUGGCCCGUUUUCAAUUGAUAGACCGUUUCACCGUCGGCAGCGGAGCAAAUCUAUCAGCUCGCCUCGCCGCAAGUCGGCCUCAGUGCACUACAACCCUAUCUUGACACCGCGAGACGAUGACGGGAAUGCUGGAUCUGCGUCUCAUUCUCCGGUUGACGGGUAUCCCAGGACGAUCGAUCUCGGUUCACGCAGACUUGGCAAAUACGGUGUAGAGCUGUGGCUGGAGGUCGUAUUAUGUGGCUUCGCAGUGUUUGCGGUCGUCCCCUUCAUAUGGCUGGCCGUUGCAAUGGUUAAUUUCCACCACAAGGAAGUCACUGAGUCGAGGACAAACUACAUCAAACAGUCAACGAGUGCGAUUUCUACCCUAUUCACUAUUCUCUUCGCGGCCGUAUUUGGCUCCACGCUGAAACGGUUUGCUACUUGGCGCCUGGAACGAGGAAUACGCGUGGGUCUACUGGAGCAGAUCAUGCAGAGCCGAACCGUCUUCGGCGCCGUGACCACCCAAUUUUCCCUUCGAACUAUCAACCUGGCAACGGUGGUAUUGUUGGCCAUUUGGACCUUCUCCCCCUUGGGCUCUCAAGCUUCACUCCGCCUCAUCUCGACUGGAACGUUGUAUACUACGCAAUCGAGCCCGGGACACUACGUUGAUACCAUCUCCAACCAGGUCUUCGUCGGCAUCUCCUCAGUGGACUCCCUUUUGACCGCGCUGAAACCAACGUAUAUCAGUUCACUUUUAGGACCGGAAACCAUGAAAAAUGGCGCUACGGAUUUCUGGGACAAUGUCCGGAUACCAUGGUUGCUGGAUGAUGCAGAGGAGGAUGCUGACGGAUGGAUACCACUUUCUAAUGCCGAUUUGAACGAAACCUCGUACUCGUCACUUCUCGGCAUCCCAGUCCAGCCUUUAGCCAACCGGAAUUCCAGUUUUUCACUUGAAACCACUUACAUGAAGUUGGAUUGCGACAAGCCCAAAAACGAGCCUUUGGUUGAUAUCAAUUUCAACGUGACAUCUGGAAAUGGGACUUUUCUUGGACCAAAUACCACAGCUCCUGACCACAACUACCUUUAUCCUGACUGGCAAGUCGCGAUGGACCAGUUUGUGGACAACCAGAUAUACUACUAUGGCUGGCCGGAACUUUUGGUCAAUGUUAGUGACAACAACCUACCACAGGCCACAUUUCUCUUUCAAACCCGGGGGCCGUGGGUGGCUCGGUGCAAGAUCAACCAGAUUUAUGUCGAGUCCAACGUUAGCUGCGAGUCCACAGACUCUUCGGUCCCAGCCUGCUCUGUUGUUGCCCAGCGAGAGUCACGCGAGAAGCACGCUCCAUCCACUGUCACCACCCUCAGUUUUCCCAUGACCUUUUGGCUUGUCAGCCACGAAUGGAUAAUGGCGACAGAUCCGAUGAGGAGUUCAGGGUUUUCGACUUUGACCGAGUACUAUCUACAAAACACUAGCACGGCGUUCAUUAUAAGCGGCAAUGAUCGAUAUUACGCAAAUUACACCAAUGUCACGGCCGAAGAAUUCUCUCAUCGACUGGGCCAGCUACUCAAUACCUGGGUGCUUGCCAGUCAGGUCUCGGCCGAUGCCAUGGCUUACGAUCUGGUCCAUCGCAACAUGACGGAGAUUUAUACCGACAGUCGACCUGUUUACCUGUGCUCUUGGCCCUGGCUGAGCGUAUAUCUUGCUUCUAUUGGUGUGAUGUUUGUUGCGGCCCUCUUUAGCAUCUGGUGUGAAACCCACACCGCGAUUCCUGACGUCCUGAGUUACUGCUCUUCGGUGACACGGCAGUCGAAAUUCUUCGACUUUGUGAAAGGCGGCAGUGCUCUUGGUGGAGGGGCCAGAGCUCGAAGGUUGCGGGAAUUGGAAGUCAAGAUGGGAGAGGUUGUUGAGGAGGAUGACGGUACCCAGUUCCGCAACGACUUUGUGAAUGAACUGAACCCCAAGGCUGAUGAGCGUAGGGGCUAUCUUGCGAUUGCAACGCCAGAAUAUCUGCGACCCCCCAAACGUGGGGCGUUCUACUCAUGAGCCAGUCAACUUUAUAGCGAGACGUUUGAAUUUCUAAUCUUCCA